AUGGAGGGUUACCGCCGGUGCAACAACUGUGACAAGGAGGGCCACUUUGGGAAGGACUGUCCCACGAGUUCUAGGGCAGUGACCUGCCCUCCAGUUCAGACUCAUCACCAGCAUCAGCAGAAGGACAGAGGCAACAGGCCUCAGGCGAUAGGCAGAGUGUAUGCCAUGACCGGAGCGGAGGCUGCUGGCUUAGGUAACCUUGUUAUAGGUAAUUGUGUGAUAGCUGGAAAAGCAUGUUGUGUGUUGUAUGACUCUGGAGCGACACACUCCUUUGUGCCAAAUGCUUGUGUGGAACGUUUGGGUCUGCCGAUGUGCGAGCUGCAGUGUGAGCUUGCGAUAUCUACUCUAGCGUCGGGUUUGGUUAGGACGUCGUCCUUGUGUGCUAGGUGUCCAAUGAAGGUAGAGGGACACAGGUACAAAGUGAACCUAAUAUGCCUACCUCUACAAGAUAUGAAGGUAAUCUUAGGGAUGGAUUGGCUCUCUGCCAAUCGCAUUCUCAUAGAUUGCUGA